CAUAGUUGAUGGAGGAGAGAUCCAUAUAAAUGCCACUCAGAUCUCUGCGCAACUUCCAACUAUUCCGGAGCAACUCCAGAUUGCCUUGACAACACAAAGAAAGAGAGAGCGAGCGAGAGGGGCAGAGCAUCCAUGGAAAAUCAACCCCUUAUCCGGCAAUCGUCCACCAUGGUGGGAGUAGUAGACUACCGCGGCCGACCUAUCUCCCGAUCAUCUUCCGGUCGCUGGACCUCCGUCCUCUUUAUCAUAGGGGCUGAGAUCGCAGAGAGAAUGGCGUAUAACGGCAUCUCCUUCAACCUCAUAAGCUACCUCACCGGCCCCCUCAAGAUCUCGACGGCCGCAGCAGCCUCCUCAGUCAACAACUGGUCCGGCGCCUCCAUGCUUCUUCCCCUUCUCGGCGCUUUUGUCGCCGAUUCCUUCCUCGGCCGCUACCACACCAUAGUUCUUGCCUCUCUUCUCUACGUCCUGAGUCUUGGGUUGCUCACUCUCUCUGCCGUGCUUUCAAGCCCCUGCUCAGGAGACCUAUUACCUACUUUAAAUUCAUCUUCCUGUUCUCCAGCUGUUUUCCAUGUUGUUUUGUUCUUCCUGUCUCUCUAUCUCGUCGCCUUUGCGGAAGGAGGGCACAAGCCUUGUCUUCAGGCGUUUGGCGCCGACCAGUUCGACGAUAGUGAUAACCAAGAGCGCAUUGAGAGAAGUUCAUUCUUCAAUUGGUGGUACUUUGGCAUGAAUAUUGGUAUGUUUGCUUCCUUCAUUGUAUUUAGCUACAUCCAGGAAAGCAUUGGCUGGAGCUUUGGAUUCGGAAUCCCUUGUGCUGUUAUGGGCAUUGCUCUUCUUGUUUUCUUGUUGGGAAGUAGGACUUACCGCUGCUAUCCCUUGGAGGAUACAAACCCAUUUGUUAGGAUUGGCAAAGGGUUUGUUACUAUGGUCACGAGCAGGCAAUCCUCUGCUGAUCGUUUCACAUUUGAAGUAGAAGCCAGAGACUCGGAACAGCACUGCGGCUGUCAUUCUGAUCAAUACAGGAAGCUCGUGGAGCAAGAGAUUGAAGAAGCUAAGCGUAUGCUUCAAUUGCUUCCUAUAUGGGCAACCUGCUUAGCCAUUGGCGUAGUCUUCUCUCAGUGUUCAACUUUGUUCAACAAACAAGGUGUCAACAUGGACAGGCUUAUAGGACCGAGCUUCCAACUUCCAUCAGCUGCUCUUCAAAGCAUCAUUAGCAUUGUCAUUCUUGCUUUCAUUCCUCUCUACGACCGUGUUCUUGUUCCCAUGACCAGAAAUCUUUCUGGGCUUUCCAGUGGCAUCACACAUCUUAAGAGAAUUGGCAUUGGAUUGUUCUUUUCAGUGGUCUCUAUGGUGAUUGCAGCUUUGGUGGAGAUGAAGAGAGUUGAAACUGCAAGAGAACAUGGCUUGAUUGAUGAGCCAAAUGCAACAGUGCCAAUGAGCAUAUUGUGGCUGUUUCCUCAAUACAUUUUAUUUGGCAUCAUGGAUGUUUUUGGAAUAGUUGGCCUUCAAGAGUUUUUCUAUGAUCAGGUGCCUGAUGCAUUGAGGAGCCUGGGCUUGGCUCUCUAUCUCAGUAUAUUCGGCAUAGGAAGCAUCAUCAGUGGUUUGCUUGUUUCAGUGAUUGAUAAAGAGACUAGAAGAAAAGGGGAGAGCUGGUUCUCUGACAAUUUGAACCGAGCUCAUCUUGAUAAUUUCUACUGGCUCCUUGCAGGACUUAGUGCUGUUUCGCUUGUCCUUUUUGUCUACUUUGCUCGGUCUUAUGUAUACAAGAAGGAAUACCGCAUUGACCACCGUGGUCGCCCCGCCUCCCGAGCAUCUUCCGGCCGGUGGACCGCUGCUCUCUUUAUCAUCGGGGUGGAGAUUGCAGAGAGAAUUGCGUACUAUGGGAUUUCUUCGAAUCUCAUUACAUAUCUUACGGGGUCCGUGGCCCGGGCGGGGGCGGCCCCCCCCGCCGUUAAUACUUGGUCGGGAGUGUCGUCGAUGCUGCCGCUCGUUGGCGCGUUUGUGGCCGAUUCAUAUUUUGGACGUUACAAAACCAUUCUUUUCGCCUCUCUGGUCUACGUUUUGGGCUUGGGUCUGCUGACUCUAUCUUCUCUGCUACCAAACCUUCGUCCACCCAAGUGUAUCAUUGAUGGCAAGGCUUGUAGUCCAAAUCAUUUUCAAACGGGCUUCUUCUACUUUGCUUUGUAUCUUGUUGCACUUGCUCAAGGUGGUCAUAAGCCUUGCACACAGGCUUUUGGCGCUGAUCAGUUUGAUGAGAAUGACCCUGAAGAGUACAUCUCAAGGAGCUCAUUUUUUAACUGGUGGUAUUGUGGUAUUUGCCUGGGCACAGCGGUGACGAUUAUAAUCUUGAAUUAUGUGCAAGAUAAUAUUAGUUGGGCCCUUGGAUUUAGUAUACCAUGUAUUUCCAUGGUUCUUGCUCUCAUCUUGUUCCUGCUUGGAACUAAGACAUAUCGCUUCUACGAAUUGGAAGGUGAAAAUCCAUUCCAUAGAAUUGGGAAAUCAUUUGUUACUCUUGUAAAAAGUCAUAUGGCAACUUCUCAUGGAUUGACUGGGAGCCAGACCUCUGUGUCUGAUGAAUUUGAUCAUACCGAGUUUGAGAAAGAUGAAGCAAAAAAUGCCAUCCAAAUAGAAGAAGCAAAAGGAGUGCUUCAAUUGGUACCAAUAUGGGCUACAUGCUUAAUAUAUGCUGUGGUUUUUGCACAGUCAUCAACCUUCUUCACCAAACAAGGGAGCACCCUCGACCGUAGAAUCGGUUCAAGCUUCGAAGUUCCACCUGCAGCCUUGCAGAGCUUCAUCAGCAUCUCCAUUGUCGCUUUCAUUCCAAUCUAUGAUCGAAUUAUAGUUCCUGUAUCCAGAAAAUUUUCCAGGAUUCCUACAGGAAUCACACAACUGCAAAGGAUUGGGGUUGGAAUGUUCCUGUCACUGAUAGCCAUGGCAAUUGCAGCCCUAGUUGAGACCAAGAGAUUGAAAAUUGCUAAAGAUUAUGGGCUGAUAGAUCAACCAAAGAUAGCAAUUCCAAUGAGUCUGUGGUGGUUAGUUCCUCAAUACAUUAUCUAUGGCAUUGCUGAUGUGUUUACAAUGGUGGGCUUGCAGGAAUUCUUCUACGAUCAGGUUCCUGAUGCACUUAGGAGCCUUGGGCUUGCCCUCUACUUGAGCAUAUUUGGCAUUGGAAACUUCAUUAGUAGCUUCCUCAUAACUGUCAUCAAUGAGACUACUAGUAAAAGUGGAGUGAGCUGGUUCUCUGAUAAUCUGAACCGUGCUCAUCUUGACUACUUCUAUUGGCUUCUUGCUGGUCUCAGUGCUGCAGAGCUGAUCUUCUACCUGUACUUCACAAGAUCUUAUGUAUACAAGAAGAAACAAAAUGCUGCAGUUUAGUUUAGCAUUAAAGUAGUUCUUUACAAGAAUUUUAACGUCAUCCAAUGAUGUUAUGUAAGAUGGUAAGCAAAUUAUUGAUGAGGUUUGAACAUCCAUAUUCAUAUUGAAUUUUAUUGGAGCUGAUGUGAUAUGAUCAUGUUUGAUCAUUGGUUAGUUCGGAGAGGACUAACAGUUGAACUCAUUCAGUUUUCAUAAAUAGCAAAUAAAUUUGUUUCUUUUGAAUAGAGUUUUUCAUCAAGUUAUUUGUGAGAUGAAAUCAUGAAUAAUUUUGAGAG